UAUGGGGGUGUGUGCUUGUGUUCAGGGGCGAGUCGGGCUGAAUUAGCUGCAGUGUGAUGUUGGGUAGUAACGCUAGUAGCCGUGGCUAGUUAGCUUGUGUGGUGAAACGUUAGUUGUGUUUACAUUAGCGGAGCUGCUGUGAUUCGUGGACACCCGCGUCCAGGCUCUGCUGUCAGUAAUAAUAAUAAUAAUCACACCGCGCUCAGAUACCUAACAGGUCUCUAUUAUGCGGAUUAGUGUCACCGUGUCAGUGUGAGGUCGAGACUGUAAACUUUUAAAAGCUCCACCGAGGUCCAGACGAUGCAGCGCCGCUAGCUAAAGUGCCACAUCAGCCGGGUUGAUGCGCAUCAUCCGCAGCCGGGUUGGUGCUGCUCCGAAUGUAAACAAGGAAAUGGAAUAAGAAAACGCCAAGUGUGCGGAAGGAGGAGAAGUAACUCAUCAGACCGGCCUGUUCGCCUCACGUCUUUUGUCGUUCAUCCACCGACGUGUAACAUAUUCACAUUAAGACUCCCCCCCCCCCCCCACACACACACCAUCCAGUCUGAUUCUCGCCAUGGUCGGGUUCGGAGCGAAUCGGCGCGGAGGUCGGCUCCCUUCGCUAAUCCUGAUCGGCCUGAUGGUACUGAUCGUGGUCCUGUCCUACAACUACUGGAGCGUGUCGAGGCAGCACGGACGCGUCCUGGAUGAGCUGGCCGAGGCGCAGGCGCAGGUGAAGCGCACCGACGCAGCGCGCAACCGCCUGGAGAGGCGCAACUCCGAGCUCAUCACACAGGUGGACACACACCGGCGCCAGAUCGAUCAGAAGGACGGCGACUACAGCAUCCUCGAGGGGAAGCUGCAGGCACGUGAUGCUCUCAACAAAAAGUGUUCAGAAGAAAAGCUCAAGCUGCAGAGCGAUGUCACGUUCCAGUCAACUGAAACUACCAGACUAAAAGAGCAGAUGAAGGGGCUGAAGCAGGAAAUUGUACGGCAGGAAGAACAGCUUAAAGAGCUCAAAAAGAACAACACUAACCUAGAGAGGAAGAUGGAGUACGAGAGCAUGCAGUGCGGACGACAGAUAGCUCAGCUUAAAGAGGAGUACGAGGAGAGCAGGAAGUCGAUGGAACAAAAAGCUGCCAAAUACAAUCAGGACAAAGCGGACUCCAAUAAGGACGCCGCGGCGGCUUCCCAGACACAGCAUGGCACCGUGGCCGCCAAGGAGCGCCGCCCGCAGGCCUCACAGCAGCACGACGGCCAGGAUCUGAAAGAUGAGAUGGUGAAGCCAGGAAGUGAUGCUGGCAUGCCUGGAAUAGAAGACAGUGAAGUGGGGAAAGUGGACGAGAUGCACUUCGGUCUGAAGAAGCCAGUGAUCACGCAGAACCGCGUGGAGCCGAAGGCGGACGGCGUGCUGCUAAAAGACGAACAAAAUGUUGUUGAAGAUGAACUCGGGGUUGGUGCCGGCGUCGGCAUGAAAGAAGGAGCUGGAGCCGGCGUGGAUGCCGGACCAAGACCCGAAGUGGGCUUUAUUCCUGAACCUGGGGCAGACGCUGUGGUUGAGAAUGGAGCACGGCAGGAAGCUGGCAUUGGCAACGGUGGAGGAGAAGGAGCUGGCUUUGAUGCACCUCCCGGUCUCCCUCCAGACCUUCCAGACCUUCCCCAGGAUGGAGGGGCCGGCAUGGUGCAGAACCCGGUACCUGUACAGCAGCAGGUGCCCCAGCCGGUGGUGGACAGACCUGUGGUGAUGGAUGAGGACAACAAAGCAGCCGUCCAAGUAGAUGAAUUCGGCGAGCAGCGACGCCAGCAGAGAGGUCCGGAUGACCAGGGUGCAGCGCUGCCUCCUCCUCCAAACCCUGCACAGGUUCUGCCCAACCCUAUCGAACCCCAGCGGGAUCCUGUGCCAGCUGCACCCCUCCGACACAGGCAGAGCCGCUUCUUUGACGAGAACGAGUCCCCCGUAGAUCCGCAGCGGGCCUCCAAGCUGGCGGACUACAACGGGGACGACGGCAACGUGGGCGAGUACGAGGCCGACAAGCAGGCCGAACUGGCCUACAACGAGGAGGAGGACGGUGACGGCGGCGAGGAAGACGCCCAAGACGACGAGGACCGAGAACUUCCCGGAGAUCGUGCCGUGGAUUAUGGAAAGCGACACCAAGCUAUCGACAUCCUGUAACCUCACGAUGACUCGAGCCUAGAAUGAGCUGUUCAAGAUGUUCGAUGGAGGUGGAGGAAUGAAAGCGAAUGAAGAGUAGAAUUACUUGAACCUGAGUUCCAGCUGGGUUGUUGUAGCCAUAGUGGUACGACUGUAACUGUAUGACUGUAGCUGUACUGAUUAAUUAAGUUUAGAUUAAUAUUGAUUGAAUCAUUUGUUUUGAUUGUCAGGUACAGGAUUUGACUUGAUUUAGUGCGGUUUACAUUUUGGGGUUCUUUUCCCCUGUUUUUUUUUUCUUCACUGAUUCGGCGUGAUUUCGGAAUAAUCUAAACGAACUGUGAACUAUUACAUAACGUGCAGAUGUGUAUAUAUUUAAUAUAUAGAAACGGGAAUUACUUAAUGAAGGAGUGUGCGUUCGGACCGUGGAGUGGGUGGACGUUUACAUGGACAAAUCUGCCAGCUUUUUUUUUUUGCUCCGUGAGAACAAUGUCUUACUGACUGGAGGAGAGAAAUUGUUUUUCUUUUUUCCAUCAAGCUGCAUCAGGAUGGUAAUGUGCAGGACUCUGGGAUGUACUCGCACACAAGGCGUUUCACGGAUAAAAUCCUGAUGUGGAAGAUUAUUUCUGAAUUUCUUUUUAGUCUUUUGGGGUUUUUGCAUGCACGAGUUUGUAUAUUAGAAAAAAAAAAACAGAAAUACAAGAAGCAAUACGGUGUAAAAGGCAGAGCAAGAGUGAUGGAGCUUCUGACUGACUGCUUGGUAUUGUUGUACAUAUCUUACAAUCUGUAUGCUGUAGAUACAUCAAAGGAUUCUGUAGAUUUAUACUUGUGUUCUUUGUUCUCUGAAGGAGCCAAACCUGUCGAAGUGCUAGAAGUUGGCAUUUUGAAUGUACAUCAAUAACAAUAUCAUUCUUCUCAGAUUUCCAAGUGGAUUGUCAUCUUAAAAACUGUAAAAUAUCUGUGCAGUUCUUGAGUAAAUGAGCUGAUGUUUCCA